AUGAGAAUCUCAAGUCAACUUCCAAAGUCCAUAGGCCAUUUGAAGUCUCUCAGUCUCUUGAGUCUUCGGCACUUCCAAUUUAAUGGGCCUAUUCCUGCAAGUUUUGGGAACCUAACUCAGUUAAUUGUUUUGGACCUUGCAUCAAACAAUUUUAGUGGUGAGUUACCUGAUAUAUUUGAAAAUGUUUCAAAUUUAGAAUUGCUUGAUUUCUCUGACAACAAGCUACAAGAUCUUGAGACUUUAGAUCUGAAAAUGAACAAUUUUGUUGGAGCUAUACCAGACCAUUUUUCUGGGAGCAACUCCUCGCAAUCUUUGCAUUUGAACAACAAUCAAUUUGAGGGACGGUUGCCUUUGUCUUUGAUCUAUUGCAAGAAAUUAAAGAUUUUAGAUGUGGGAGCAAACAAGAUUGAAGAUGAAUUUCCUAAUGUUACCAGAACUAGAGCCAUUGACUUGUCAAAUAACAUGUUUGAUGGAGAGAUUUCACAUGUUAUUGAUGGAGAGAUUUCACAUCUAGAUUUAUCAUCAAAUAGGCUUACAGGUGAGAUUCCUUUUGCACUAACAAAUCUCAACUUCUUUGAAGUUCUGAAUCUUUCACAGAAUCAGCUUGUUGGAGAAAUACCAAGAGAAAAUGACAACCCCAAGCCCAGUCCUGCAGUUAGGCCAGAGCAACGGGCGGGUUGGGCAGCCCGGCCCCAAACCCGCAGCCCGCCCGUUUAUGCAAUAACGGGUACGGGGUGGCCCGUACCCGUACAUAACCCGUUUAAGCCCGUCCCUAAACGGGCUGGGUUAAGUGGGCGGGCUUAA